AUGGUACAGUCCAAAACCCCAUACUCUGAUGCUACCAAGUGUAGAAAAAAAACCUCAACCAAUAGAAUUAAGAGGCCCAUGAACCCUUUUAUGGUGUUCGCUCAGCAAGAGCGCCGAAAAAUUACCAGCUCCGAUCCGGAACGCCACAAUGCAGAUAUCAGCAAGGAACUGGGAAGGAAAUGGCGGAGUUUGAGUAUCCUGGAUAAAAAACCGUACGUGGAGUUGGCACGGAGUCUGCAUCGACUACACCAGAUAGAAUUCCCAAAUUAUAAAUACAAGCCGCGAAAAAAACGCGAAAGC